UCUUUCCGGUGAUAAUGGAAAGUGUCAUCGAGGCGGUCAGGAACAACUCAGACAUUCUACCGGACUACGACUUUUUUCUCGACGUUGCGGACACUGAGGGAAAGGCUGGGUUGGCCGCCAAACAAAUGAUAAACCUUAUAGAAGAAGGGCCACCCAAAGUCGCCAUCAUGGGGCCUUCGUUAUCGGACGAGCUGACUGUCACCGGCCAGAUUGCACCAUUUUACAACGUUAUGGAAAUUUCUUAUGUGGCGCAAACAGCUUCAACUGUUGACAAGGAUCUGUUUCCAAGCUUGUUUACCGUGAACCCAAUUACGGCUUUAUUAAAUCAAGCUGCGUUGAAGAUGAUGAAGUAUUUUGGUUGGUCUCGGGUUGGGACAAUCGGCACUGAGGAUGAGAGGUCUGUUUCGCAACUAAACGCAUUCCACAACCUUGUCCAAAACACCACUAACAACAUGGUAUUGGUCACAGCUGCAGUUCUAACGGACUCCAGCAAUGUGAAGAACAUACUUGCAACGUUUAAGCAAUUCGACGUCCGCAUCAUAGUUGCAGCCUUUCGUAGUAGUCUUGCACCGGCCAUUUUCUGUGAGGCGUACAAAAUGGACCUGUACGGCAGUAGCCACGUCUGGAUACUCUCGGGACCAUUGUUAUACCCCAUGUGGAUCACAAAAGCCAACAUGAGUGGCCUCGAUUGCACACGGGAACAGCUUAUAAAGGCUUCCGGGGGCCAUUUUACGCUCGACUUCCACGAGAUGAGUCAGUCCCAGGACAUCAUAAUAAGUGGAAACCCUGCAAAACAGGUGUAUGAGGAUAUGCAACAAAAGGCUGACCAAUUGGGAUGGAAAUUUACAGCCUAUACUCCUUAUAUUUAUGACGCAGUUUGGUCACUGGCUUUAGGAUUGAACCAUUCACAGAAGCUUUUAUCUCCGCUUGGUUUGUCGUUGUCGGAUUACAAUUACAGCAAUGUAUUUCUUGAAGCCAUUAAAUCAGGAAUGAAAGAAGUUCACUUUCAUGGAAUGUCGGGACCUGUAUCGUUUGAUGAACAAGGUAACCGAAUUGGCAUCAGCUACAUCCAGCAGAACUUCAACGAUACCACAGAAGACGUUGCUAGUUACAAUCCAGAAAAUGGAGUUUUGACUUGGUUUAAACCAGUGGAAAGCUUGUGGGCAGAUGGCAGAAUUCCUAGAGAUAGUUUCAAGUAUCAGCGAUCUCUUGUCCAAACUAGUGGAAUAGCCUUUGGCAUGAUUGUCGUGUUGUCGGUAAUCGGCAUUGGCAUAACAUUUGCCUUUUUGAGCUUCAACGUUUAUUUUAGAAACAAUAGAAGGAUCAAGAUGUCGAGUCCAAUGAUAAACAACUUGAUAAUGGGUGGCUGUUUGAUUUUAUAUGUGCAAGUCUUACUAUCUGCUUUAGACUACACACAUACUUUUGAUGAGCAGUCAGGGACAACUGUUUGCAUGACUCGAAUUUGGAUGAUGUCUGUUGGUUUCACCAUCCUGUUUGGAGGAAUGUUCUCAAAGACCUACCGUGUGUAUGUGCUAUUUCGUGACUACCAUUGCAAGACCAAGGUUAUAAAAGAUAUUCACUUGUUUGGAAUGGUCGGGAUUUUACUUCUGAUCGACUGUGUCAUUCUUAUACCGUGGACACUUGCAUAUCCGUUGACUUACAAACGCCAUGUUGUUCAAACUAAGGACAUCUCCGAUUACAAUGUCAUCUUUUCUUCGGUGUACCUUUCCUGUUAUGAAGCACGUCAAGGCUAUUGGUUUGCCUCUGUGUAUAUUUACAAAGGGUUGUUGUUGGCCUUCGGUGUUUUUCUGGCCUGGGAGACACGGAGUGUACAAGUGGCGGCAUUAAACGAUUCAAAAUACAUCGGAGCCUGUAUAUACAACGUGGUGAUAGUCUGUAUCUUUGGGGUGCCUCUUGGGCACGUCUUGCCUAUAGAGCAGACGACAUUGACAUUUGCACUAGAAUCAUGCCUGAUUGUGUUUUGUACAACAAUCUGUCAAUGUAUCAUAUUUUUGCCUAAGAUCCAAACAAGAAACCAAGUACACGGCCCAUUUGUUAUGUCGACACUGGCAUCCGAGGAUUCGAAUAGCCAGGUGACGGCGAUAACAGAUAGAGGUAGAGCCAUAUCGAAAGUGUCGAAUGUGAACAGUGAACAGAAUGAAGUCCAUCUACGGUCAGAAAACGCAAAGUUAAGAAUGCAAAUGGCAAACGAGCAAAUAGCAAUAGCCAAAUUACGGAAGACCCUUCUUCAAGUCACCGGGAAUGUUCACGUGUAUAAAUCAGGUUCUGACUAUGUAGUGUUCCAGAGAAACGUAACACCCAAUGAAACUGAUACUUAA